AUGGCGAGCUCACGUUUAAAAUUGAAAACUCCAUCGCAAUACCAUAUCAUUCAUGACCCCAAAGGAGAAACAUAUGCCCAGCCUAUUUCUGGAACUGCCAUUCUUAGUACUGGUUUCGCCCAACCCGAGGCUUCAAAUCAAAAUGUGCUUCAUAUUUGCCUGAUUUGUGUUCUCACGACCACCGACAAGAAAAGCAGAGUGGAAAGAAACUUGUUGGCUCGUUUCACUCGAUGGAAGUCGGAGAAGCAGAAUUCGCUUCGAAACAGUGAUCUAGUACGGUCCUACUCGGUCAUUGAAGAGUUGACUCUCCAACCAUUUGCAAACUCUCGCGGACAGCUCCACUGCAAUAUUCCCUUUUUUCUGCCAGUUUAUGGGAAUAUACCCGGCACAUCGAUGACAGACAUCGGAGGAAUAUCAUACUACCUUGUUGCAACUCUGAAUACGGGAAACGGCACAGACGCAGAAAUUACCCACCAACAGAUAAAGAUUACCCGUCAAAUCUUGCUAGAACAACCUUCACUUCAGCAUAUUCGGAACUAUCCUGCCUUGAAUCUCAUUACUAAGAUUAUCCUCACACAGGAUAUCGAUUCAGCGACGCACUCCAAAAUUCCAGUCAGUGCUAAGGUGUUCGUCCGACCGGCGAGACCCGCGGAUCGCCCAAUUGAAUACCGAUGCGUGGUAGUACGUGGAAUUCGAUGGCGAAUCGAGGAAUUGACCAAGGUCUUCAGCCAUUCACCAAAUGAAGGGACAAGUUACCAGCCAUGCCAGCCCAUUGCAAGCCGAUGUUCGACCAGUGUGAUUUCCAAGGGACUGCAAAAGGGGUAUUGGAAAAUCGAGCAAGAUUCUAUGAAACGAGGAUCUUCGCUGCGGCAUGCAGAUCCAUCAGUUGACAUUUCACUUGAGAUAUCGCUGAACAGAGAAUUUGAUAUCCCUUCGGCAGUUGAUUUGAGAUGCUAUGAUGCCUUUUCGACACCAACGAGCAAUUUGAGUGCCAGUUUGAAAGAGAUUGAGGUUCUUACAACAAAAGAUAACAUGAUGAUCACUAUCGAACAUUGGCUGAAACUCGAUAUAUUGAUGUCCGAGGAUACGUUUUGCCUCGAUAAACAUAAAUUGGUUGAUCGGAGACCUCUACAGACUGCACUUGACGCGUCAUUUCCUCUCCAAAUCACCGGAAGCGUCAGGGGAAAUUUGGAAGUCGAGCCGAAUGAAGUCAACCCGCCCUGUUACAAUGAACUUCCUAUCUCCCCUCCCCUUUAUAUGCAAGCAACUUGA